AUGAACUGGGAGCAUUUGGUGUUCGAGCUUCGCCGCACCUACAGACACCCUGACCUGGAUGCGCUGAUUAAAAUGAAAAUUUACCAGCGACGCCAGCAGAAGCAAGAAUCGUUCCAUGAAUACUACUUUGAAAUGGAGAAGUUAUUCAGGACGAUGAGUGUACAGAUCUCAGAUUAUGAGAAAGUACAAAUAUUGCAGCAAAAUAUGAGGGUCGAUUAUAAACGGCAGAUGACGUUUAUCCCUAUACAGGACCUUGAGACACUCUUGGCUGCCGGACAAAAGCUAGACGCGUUGAAUUUUUCAGCGUACAAUAAAGUGUUCGGCACCGAGAAAAGUGUGCAGGCCGUUGAGAACCAUAUCAUCACCGAUAGAAAUCGCCAGAAAACAUUCCAGCAUCCGAACCAGCAACCUAAGCGGAUAUCAGGAAACGAUUUGUCGGGCAACCAAAACAAAACAAAUCGCAACUCUGCACCUCAGUUCCAAAACAAUCCCUCUUCUUCCAGUUUCCACAAAGCUUCUUCAACUCCGAUCGCUCCUAGAAAUAAUGAUUCGAAAGAGCCGAUUGCUGGUCCGUCCGGUAAAUCUUCCCGUCCGCAAAUGACUCUUGAACAAGUAGUUAAUUCACAUAAACCUCCGAACCAUAAUACCUGCUUCAACUGUGGCACUCUAGGCCAUCACGUGGUUAUGUGCCGGCAGCCCCGUCGCCUGUUUUGCGACAACUGUGUCUUCUGGGAGUCAGCGACCGAAGACUGUUACACCCACCCCACAGAAGUAUGUCAUAUAACCUACCCGUUUCUUAACGACCAACGUCCAUACGUGGCAGUCAAAGUGUACGGUAUGCCGUUAAAAGCUCUGCUAGACAGUGGAAGCAAUUUCACCAUCAUCAGUGAAAACAUGUUCACUCGAAUGAAGCCAAAAAAACUCCACCGCCCUUCCACUAACGUAGCCCUAAAAUCAGCGAGCGGCGAUGAGCUUCAAAUUUUAGGUCAAGUCCAACUCCCUUUUCGUUUCCGCGAUCGAAUUAAAAUAGUUCCAACCCUGGUAGUUCGAAAUUUGGCUCUCGACUGCAUUUGCGGCAUGGACUUCUGGAGGAAGUUUCAAAUCCAACCCAGAAUACUGCAGGACGAGAGGUUCCAGAACCAAGGAAAUGUGGCUUCUAUUGAUUCACCAUGCGCCGAAACGAAUCUAUCGGAAGAAGAGAGCCGUCGGAUUGAUGAUAUCAAGCUCCUUUUUAUCCCAGCAAAGUCUGGACAAUUAACCAUAACUCCGCUCACUGAACAUCGCAUCGAUAUUAGUGAUGAGUGGAAGAAUAAACCACCGGUGAGACAAUUCCCAUAUGUUAUGUCUCCGAAGACACAUCAACUGGUAGCGAUUGAGCUGCAGAGACUGCUAGAUGUCGGAAUUAUCGAACGCAGUAAUUCAGAUUGGUCGUUGAAUUGCGUACCCGUUAUAAAACCCUCUAAGGUUGCUUUGGAGCCCGGAUCACGUAAAUAUACGGCCUUUAGUGUGCAGGGCAAAGGGUUGUUUCAGUACACCAGAAUGCCCUUUGGCCUCGUCAACAGUCCGGCUACCUUGGCAAGGUUAAUGGACAAUGUUCUGGGUCAUGGUGUACUGGAACCGAACGUUUUCGUGUAUCUUGACGAUAUCGUCAUCGUCACGGAAACGUUCGAGCAUCACGUGCAGCUCCUUGUUGAAAUUGCGCGCCGUCUUAGGGAGGCAAACCUUAGCAUUAAUUUGGAAAAGUCCAAGUUUGGGGUGAAUGAAAUUCCCUUCCUAGGGUAUCUUCUGAGCACGAACGGACUAAGAACAAAUCCGGAGAAAACUCGACCGAUCGUAGAGUAUGAACGUCCCAAUACCGUUACGAAGCUCAGAAGAUUCCUAGGAAUGGCGAAUUAUUAUCGCAGGUUUAUUCCAAACUUCAGCGGGGUAACUGCAGCCCUAACUGACCUAUUGCAGACGAAAUCGAAACUUAUUCGCUGGGAUGACGACGCUGAGCGGGCUUUUUGUGACAUCAAGGAAUGUCUUAUCACAUCUCCCAUACUCGGCAGUCCAGAUUUUUCAAGAGAGUUUGCGAUUCAAACGGAUGCAAGCGACGUGGCGGUUGCUGGGGUCCUUACUCAACAGCAGGAGGGCGGAGAACGAAUCAUUUCGUACUUUUCCCACAAGCUAACAACACCCCAGAAAAAUUAUCACGCGGCGGAGAAGGAGGCUCUGGCUGCUCUCCUCGCGAUCGAAGCUUUUCGUGGGUAUGUGGAAGGAUACCAUUUUACUCUAAUAACCGAUUCUUCCGCCCUGACGCACAUUCUUACCACCAAAUGGAAGGUUGGUUCUCGAUGCAGUAGAUGGGCACUUCAUUUGCAGCAACACAACAUGACAGUGGUUCAUAGGAAGGGGAAAGAGAACGUGGUUCCUGAUGCCCUGUCACGAAGUGUUGCGGUCGUGCAAAGUGCACCGACUACACCAUGGUACGAUUCCAUGCUACAAAAGGUAAGAACUCGCCCAGAAGAAUUUGUUGAUUUUAAGGUGGAAGACAACAUUCUUCUGAAGUUUGUGUCAGCCCGCAAUGAUCCGUAUGAUUCUUGCUUCGAGUGGAAGAUAAUUCCAAAGGAAGCGGAAAUCCCCAAUAUUUUGCAGGAGUGCCAUGAAAUGUUUAGAUCCUGCUCGAUUUUGAAAGACUCGCGUAGAAAAGUGCACACGGUACCGUUCCCCGGGCCCACAGUGAAACGUGAGGCCAUUCGUUACGAGGCCGAGUUGCCGCAGAAGCAAAGUUGGACCCUGUUCGAACCGAAUCUGCAAGCCAGUUGGUGCCCCUCGCCGGCUGCGUACGUCAUCGCUACACACCCCUCCUGCCUGAAGCCGCUCCCGUUCCACAAGUCGACCAACGAGCAUCGAUAUCGGCCGCAACGAAAAGUGAUCGUAAAAUGCGCAAUACAACAAAACGAUAAAAACUUUAGUUUUAGGGCGCUAAAAGGCCAGUGUUCGGGAUGGGAGAUCGAAGUAGGUCGCGAAGAAAAGCUGACGUGA